AUGGUAAAGGCGCGAAAGUACGUAGUUAAAAAGCAUUUCGAAGGUGUACCAAAACGCGAUGAUUUUGAAAUAGUAGAAUACGACUUACCACCUGUUCAAAAUGGAGAAAUUCUCGUUAAAACGGAAUGGGUAGCAGUAGAUCCGUAUCAACGAGCCUACAACCAAAGAUAUCCAGUUCCUUUUGAUCAGUUUGGUUAUCAAAUUGGAGUGGUGGAAGACUCUAAGGAUCCUCGCUAUCCUGUGGGGACCAGAGUAGUAUCACACAAAGGAUGGUGUGACUAUAGUGUCAUGAACGCAAAUGUAUCAAACUCUCCCGCCGACGUAGUAUACAAAGCACCUGAAUUAAAGGGUCUCUCACCUUCCUUGGCAAUUGGAGCAGUCGGCAUGCCAGGAGCAACAGCAUAUUUUGGUUUUCUUGAAUUGUGUCAACCUAAAUCAGGUGAGACUGUUGUAGUAACGGGAGCUGCUGGUGCUGUAGGAUCUCUCGUCGGACAAAUCGCAAAGAUUAAGGGCUGUCGAGUAAUUGGUUUCGCGGGUUCUGAUGACAAAGUUAACUGGUUGGUAAAAGAAUUAGGAUUUGAUCAUGCUUUUAAUUAUAAGACUACCGAUAUACGUAAAGUACUUAAGGAAGCAGCACCCAAGGGCGUAGAUUGCUAUUUCGACAAUGUUGGAGGUGAAAUGAGCAGUAUCAUAAUGAGUCAAAUGAAUCAUUACGGCCGAGUAUCUGUAUGUGGAAGUAUAAGUGCAUAUAAUGAAACGAGUUUACCAACAGCACCAAUUGUACAAGUUGAUAUAGUAAUGAAAGAAUUAAAAGUUGAAGGUUUUCUAGUGCCACGCUGGAUAAAUCGUUGGCCUGAAGCAUUUGCUGAUCUUACAAAAUGGAUUAAAUCAGGACAAAUAAAAGUCAAAGAACACGUUACAGAAGGUUUUGAUAAAAUCUAUGAUGCGUUUGUUGGAAUGUUGGCCGGAGAUAACACUGGUAAAUCGGUUGUGAAAAUUACAUGAUUACGUUACGUGCUACAUAAAAGAUGUAAUA